AUGCUGGCCUCGAUAACACAAAUGGAUACUGGAUCCUCCCUCCCUCGGAAUCGAGACGUCCUCAUGCGACACCCGUCGGCCGAAGAUCUCGAUGCUGCCCAGCAACUGGUCUCGUCCGCUCGAGUUGGCCGGGAACGCUCUGCGGAUUGGCACCAGGAGGAUGACCUCGCGGACUAUCGCAGCGGCCCAGUCAGUGCGAUGGGACUGGACGUUGCGGGCGAGGGCGCUGCCGCGGCCCCCGAUUCACAAUCAGAAUCCGCCCCCGGUAUCCUGGCUGAGCAGAACAAUACAUCACCCAAACAACAAAAGGACACGUCGUUUCUAGGACACUCAUGCAGUAACUGCGGAACGAAGAGCACGCCGCUCUGGCGAAGAUCCCCAACAGGAGCCAUGAUUUGCAACGCCUGUGGUCUUUACCUCAAGGCGAGGAACGUCGCCCGUCCUACAAAACGCAGCCGCAUACAGCCCGGGAACCCUCAACAGACAGGUACUUGGGGCUCCCCACAGGAGCAAAAUACCGCGACAGGCGAAAAUGGAUGUAGCAAUAAGGGAUCCUGUCCUGGCGGUGGGAAUUGCAACGGGACCGGAGGGGCUGAGGGGUGUGACGGGUGUCCGGCUUACAACAAUCGCGUGUACAAAUCCCUGCAACGAGGUGCGACAGCCCCUCAACCGUCGCUGCCAGACGCACCUGCGCCUGCUUCGGAGAACAAUAAGCCCGUCGAUCUGCCCGAGGUAGACACAGUGAAGGUGGUGCCGCCCCAAAGCGAUAGCAACAAUCUGCUGGUUUCGUGUCAGAACUGUGGGACAACCGUCACUCCACUUUGGCGGCGGGAUGAGAAUGGUCAUCCUAUCUGCAACGCCUGCGGCCUGUACUACAAACUCCACGGUUGCUAUCGCCCCAGUACGAUGAAGAAGACGAUUAUCAAGCGGCGGAAACGCGUUGUGCCGGCGCUCCGGGAUCAGUCGCCCACUGCCACUACCCACUCUUCGAACGGCUCAUCUGCUUCACCCGAAGCCUCGCCUGCUACGCUGGCAUACUCACAAGACGGAUACCAGAAGUAUUACGGCUCUGAUCACAUGGAGCAGAUUCCUGGUCGCUCUUCGCCGCAGGCUCCUCCGCGGCCCUUCACCUUUGCGCCGCCCCCGGUGGAUUUCACAGGCUUUAACCUCGCACCCAUCUCACUGCCUCACCACCCCCCGCCGCCGCCGAGACUGCUCGAGCCUGAGAGACUCAGUGCUCCCGCUACCGGUCACUCGCCGAACUCCACUCACUUCGGUCGACGCUCGAUCUCUCCCAACCCAUCUGGAAAUCCCAAGAAGCGGUCGCUGGCGGAAACCGCCGCAUCCGCAGAGGCCUCCUCGAUCCCCACCACCAUGGGAGCGGGCUCGAACCAGCUGCCUCCGAUCAUGGCGUCGGCCGACCCCAACCCGCCGGCCCGGCUCAGCCCGAUCUCCUCCAUCCUGAACCAGUCAGCUCUCGCCGAUGAUUCGCGUCUGGACCCUUCGCUCCCAUCGCUCGGCCGGCAACCGCCUCAUCUAUCUGCACACCCCAUUCCACACGCGCAGCUCCAGUCUUUACGGAGCGUCCCGGAUCGGGAUGGAUUUAUGUCAGAGCGGCGCGCCCAGCUGCUGCGCGAGGCGGAAGAGAUGCGCGAGGCGUUGAGAGCCAAGGAGCGUGAGCUGGCGGAAUUAGGGCAAUAA